AUGUCGUUCAGCAUGGACCGCCAAGUUUCCUACAACGGACCUCUGGUUAUAUCGCCCCCUGUUCCAAAAUCACAAUCUAGCACUAUCCCUUCUCACCCUCUGCCGCGCGGUUUCCCUUCUUCACCGAGCUCUGGCACUAUGAAUCAUCCCCUGCCCCCCAAACCCCCCGUGUCAAAGUAUUAUGUCCAUGCGUAUGUUCCACACGUCCGUGAUCCUGGAAUUUUCCCGGGAAACUCCACGGCUCGACAGAUCGACCGUGGGUCCGUCUUCAUUUGGCUUCAAAAGCCGUCCGCAAUGAUCCAAGGGCAACGCCACCUCCCAAAUGACAUGUCUUUCGCCAGCCAUUCCUCUAAGAACAACAUAUUUGCUGAACUCAAGUGGCUGAAGCAGAUUGAUGAGCUUCUAAUUGACUAA